AUGCAUAUUCCCUACAGGAUAGGCAUGCCGACGCGGUUGGGCGGUAUUGGGUUCGAGAAGCGCGCUCUCGGGUCGGGUAAUAACACAAACAACACAAACAAGCCCAGCACAGUCGUAAUUAUUGUCUCAUGUUGCGCCGGUGCCAUUUUUGUAAUGGCAGUGAUAUACGCAUACAUCAAAGUCAGGAAGAAUAAAAAGUCGAGAAAGGGACCUUCGAAACGAUACGCAUAUUCGCAAACAAGCGGAAACGACGACUCUACAUCAGGCACAAGCCGGAGCGCCCGGGCGGGCAGCAAUGCCGCUGCGCAGUCGAAUAGGAAUGGAAACAACGAGACCACCACCGUGGACAGGAACACCUCGGUGCGCUCCAUCAUGACUCUGCCGGUUUACCGGACCAAGCCAAACGACAAUGAACAAGUCCUGGGUCGGGAGGGUGAGCGAGGUGGUGUUGAUGUCGUCCUGGAAAUGCCGACUGCCGAAGAACACGAAGCCCUGCGCGAGGAUGAGAUGGAGACCAUGUAUCAAAUCCGCGUCGCCAGGCGGAGCCAGAUCGCCGAUCGAGAGGAACGCAGGCAGUUGCGACGAGACGCCAGACAGCGGGGCGAUUCUGUCGCUUUGAGAGACCUGAACGAGCGCGCAAGAGUUGCAAGCCAGUCCAACACAGUCUCGGACCUGCGCGAAGAGCAACAGCGCCUCAGGAAUCAACGUGAGCGAGCUGUGUCGAGUGUCAGCUAUGAAGGACUGGGCGUGGCGAGACAUGACGGAACAAGACUACGAGCGAAUAGUCAGGAAAGUGAGAGGGUGGGACUCCUCUCCGACGCCGCUAGCAUCUCGUUAUCUACCAGGUCACCCUCCGCAAUAUCACAUCGACGGGAACGAAGUGCCAGCUCAUUGUUAAGUUUCGACAGCGCACAGGACUUGGAGGUACCAGGCUCGAGAUCUGCCGCAGCUACACCAAGAAGGUUAUCUACUCAGCACAGUGGAGGCACUGCUGGGUCUAGCCCCGAGAUAAUUGGGGAGGCAGAUUUGGGCGACUUCGAAAUUCCCACACACGACCCCCCGAGAUAUGACGAUGUCGACCUGGACGAUACACGCUCGGGGGCGACGACACCUGUGAGCUUCAACGAGCCACCACCGGGAUACACUGGUCCAUCAGACGCACGCGACCAAAGCCUCAAUGCUCAAGUCGCCGACAUGGUGGAUAGUAUUGGAGCGGAAGGCGACUUGGGGGCUCGGUCAUCCACGUCAAACAGGUUAUCGCGAAAUUCGUCCAACUCAUCGAGAAUACCAUUUCCCAGGCUGCCCAGCAUAAGUCUCGAUGAUAUUCCCCAAAUUGUCGUGGAGCCCUCAAGUGCGUACCCGAGGGAUCGAUCCCAAGAUAGGUGA